AUGGCCGGGCUGUCAUCAGUGGAACUCAAGUGUCCUGCAGAAGUUAGGACUGCAGAAAAAUUCCAGAGCACCUCAGCAGAGACUGUGGACAUUUUGCAGCGGCCCAAUCUGAGCUUUAACCUUCCAAGAACUAUGGAAGAGCAAGGGGGGAAAAGCGAAGAUAGACAUCUUGAAAGAAAUGGGUUUCUCAGGAUACUGUGGAAUCUGCUGGCUCUUUGCCAGACUGUCCAGAGGACCAUAAGUACUGCUUCAUGCAGGCAGUUUGAAACUAAAGUUCCAGAGAAACAAAAGCUAUUUCAGGAGGAUAAUGGAAUUCCAGUGCUUCUAAAGGGGAGAGUAGCUGAUGCCCUCCUCUAUAGAGCCACUAUGAUGCUUACAAUUGGUGGAACAGCAUAUGCCAUGUAUCAGCUAGCUGUGGCUUUUUUUCCCAAGAAGUAG